AGAAAGAUACACACUUUGAUAAAACUAUAUACAUAUAAAGCAAGAUUUGGCAGAAGGGGCAGAGCAGAAUAAGGCAUGGCUACAGAGACCAAAGCUAGUGUUGUUAAGGUCAGACCCACAAGCAAUCAAAUUGGGUCUUCUUCUUCAAAGGGCAAGGCCAUUUCUUCUUCUAGCUCAGCCAAACAUAAAGUCACCUCAACAACUGUUACCAAAACUGAGGUUAAAGGAAAAUUCACAUCUAGUUCUUCAUCGAAAACCACCACCUCGAAGGUUACGACAACUACUGUUAAGAAAAGAGAGAAGAAAAUUUACUCCUUGGCAGGACAGAAGUAUGAUCCUCCUGAAGAGCGAGAACCCUCGAGGAUUUUUUAUGAAUCAUUGUCUAAGCAGAUACCUUCUAGUGAAAUGGCAGAAUUCUGGAUGAUGGAACAUGGAUUGCUGUCACCAGAUAAAGCUAAGAAGGCAUACGAGAAAAAACAGAGGAAGCAAAAGCAACUGCGGCUAGGAACUCCAAUUAAAUCGCCGCCCCCGCCACCAAGCAGAGGUGAGAGCUCAAAAAGGCCACAGCAAAGCUCAAAGAACGGCGAUGCAAAAGCUAAGAAGAGGAUCAUUGAUGACAGCGAUGAUGAAGAUGACUUUGUACUGAGUCACAAGAGGAGAAAAGGGUAACAAGAAUAUAUAUAGCUCAUACUGUAUCAAAGUGUACUAUUGGAAUUUUCUUUACAUACACAAAUUUACCAGAACAUUAUAGUUGCUGAGACCAUCAAAAAAUGAUAAUUGACAUUCUUGUUUCUUUUCAUUUAUAAAAUAAAAGAGUCGAACGCAAGUUCUUAGGUA